CUCCCACUCGAACGCAUUCAUGAGACGCCUCACUCAUUCAAGCAUCCCAUUCACUCUCAUCGUGCUCGUGAUCCUCGCGCAGCAAGCCUCUGCAUGGGGUGCAGCAGGCCACGCCAUAGUCGCAACGAUAGCCCAAUCACUUUUGCACCCCUCCAUUCGCUCUCAUCUCUGCACAAUCCUCCCCUCUUUCACCUCCUACUCAUCUCCUUAUCCGCUCAAAGGCGCACCGCAUACACACUGUCACCUCGCCACACUAGCCUCAUGGCCAGAUACAGCUAAAUGGCGUAUGCCAUGGUCCGGUCACCUGCACUAUGUCAAUCCCUUGCACGAUGAUCCGCCCUCGAGCUGCGCUUACGGGGAGUACGGGUGGACGAGUGAGGAGAAUGUACUCACUGCAAUGGUGAACUACACGAGGCAGUUGAAGGAAAGCAAGGGAGGGUUCGAGAGGGACGCCGCACUUAGGUUCGUGACCCAUUUGGUGGGCGAUGCGCAUCAGCCGCUGCAUUUAACAGGACGUGCGAGGGGAGGCAACGAUGUGAUCGUGCGGUUCGAAGGGAGGCAAGCGAGGCUUCAUAGCGUUUGGGACAGUCAAAUUAUCAACGUACACAUGCGCAACCUCGCCAACUACACGACUCCCCUACCGUCGCUCCGCAUCGAGUCAGCGCUUCAAGGACGAGCGUACGAUGCGUACACGCGCUGGAUACUGAACGAAGGGUUGGGCGGCUGGUGGGCCGACGAGUGGGAGAGUUGGUCGAGCUGCUCUGACGGCGACCACAUUGAGCAGCAGGCGACAUCCGGCGGGCCGACCAACGACAUCGACGAAACCGACCUGCCGCUCUGCCCCAUGGCAUGGACGAAGCCGAUGCACCCGCUCGUCUGCAAAUACGCCUUCGCAUCGCCUGUUCCUGCACCGAGCGGGGCCGAGGAGGCUGAACAGCUCGGCAUGCACAACGGCGAGUACGAUGACAGUGCUUUCCCUGUAUCGUGGGGUGAAGCGAAGCGUCGACGUCGUCGAGGAAGGAGGGGUAGUGGUCGUCGCCCCGGUAGUCCUGGCAAUCCUUCGACACCCCCGCCCGACCAUCCGCAGCUGCCGGAACUCGCAGACGAGUACCUCGAGCGCAUCGAUGCUGACAAGGUGAUACAGAAGCAAUUGGCCAAGGCUGGAGUACGUCUAGCUGCCAUCCUGAACACGCUGCUCCUGGAGGAAGCUCAGGCUGCUGAGGCGCAGCAGGCAUCCCGGAUUGGUGGGAAGACGGAGAGUUGGCUCUUCACCCUUGGCGCCUCGCUGUGGCAGCCAUUGCGCCAGAGACUGGCCGUGUGGGGAUUCUGAAGCAUUGCAUGUGGCGUGGAAAUGAAAUUGAUCUGAUCUCUUUGCUUGUCCCUUGCGCAAUGACUACCUCGGCGUCC